AUGUCCAUAGAUCAAUCAAACUCUGUAUGCAUCGGCUUGACUUUAGACAGACCGCUGCCGUAUCCCACAGCAUUCGCGACGUUUCACCGUGGUUUACCGCGGAACUGCAUUGCUUAUUACAGCACUGAUGACAAUAUCAAUGGCAAUGAAGAAUGUCCAAAUGCAAAAACCAGUGUGAUGAGAAUGGACGAUGAAGCAGCAACGUUCAACGAGCAACAACCAAGCAGCUAUAAGGUGCUGAUCGAUGGUGUAUGUGAUGUGAUUGUGUUGGUUUGA